UUUUGGGGGAAAUCAGUAUUUACCCGUGGACCUCUGACCCCUGCUCGCGAGUUUAGACGGAUUGAGCUUAACAUUUCAAAGCUCGACUCGACUCGGUUGUACAGGCUAGGCUCAGCUCAUUUACAAUCAAAUUCGAGCUCGAGUUUUAGAGCACGGCUCGGUUCGUAUGCACGCUCGACUUCGGGGAUGUGGACGUUAUAUAACUCUUGUUCGUGUUAACUGUAUUACCGCCAAAAAAACCCAGCUUGCUCAUGCAAAUGCGCUUUGCACGACGCAUCAAGUCGUUUCACAGCCGCUGCUUCCGCUCGCGGCAAAUCGAACCCAUCGCUAACAUCUCCCCAACAAAAACUACCAUCACCAAAAAGCCAUCAACUCCAUCUUCUUCUACCACAGACUCCACCAUAGUGAAAUGUAACAUGGCCAUAACGACCCACAUGCGAAACGGGCAGUGCGACCUGGCUCUCGGCGUCUUCAAGGCCAUGCCUCGUCGCACCCCCGUUUCGUGGAACGCCAUGGUAUCUGGGUACUUGUCCAACGAGAGGUUCAAUCUCGCCCGAGAGGUGUUCGAUAAAAUGCCCGAACGAGACUUGGUUUCUUGGAACGUGAUGAUCAGUGGGUACGUACGGAAUGGGAACCUCGGGGCUGCCCGGUCGUUGUUCGAUCUAAUGCCCGAAAGGGAUGUUGUCUCGUGGAAUGCGAUGUUGUCGGGUUAUGCGCAGAAUGGGUAUGUCGACGAGGCGAGGAGGGUUUUUGAUGAGAUGCCGGUUAAGAAUACUAUCUCAUGGAACGGGAUACUUGCUGCGUACGUGCAGAACGGGCGUAUUGAAGAAGCCAGUUUGUUGUUUGAGUCGAAACCAGACUGGCAUGUGGUUUCUUGGAAUUGCUUGAUGGGUGGAUAUGUGAGGAAGAGGAGGUUAGGUGAUGCGAGGCGUAUUUUCGAUAGAAUGCCCGUUAGAGAUGAAGUUUCAUGGAACACAAUGAUUUCAGGUUACGCCCAAGAUGGGAAGUUGUCAGAGGCACGGAUAUUGUUUGAAGAGUCCCCGAUACGAGAUGUGUUUAUGUGGACCGCAAUGGUCUCUGGAUACGUGCAAAAUGGUAAAGUGGAUGAAGCUCGGAGAGUUUUUGAUGAAAUGCCAGAAAAGAAUUCUGUUUCGUGGAAUGCGAUGAUUGCAGGAUAUUCACAAUGCAAGAGAAUUGACAUGUCAAGAGAGCUCUUUGAGUCAAUGCCUUGUAAGAAUGUUAGUUCUUGGAAUACAAUGAUUACUGCGUAUGCUAAUAAUGGUGAAAUUGCUCAUGCGAGGAAUUUCUUCGACAGAAUGCCUCGACGUGAUUGCAUUUCUUGGGCAGCAAUAAUUGCAGGGUAUGCUCAAACUGGUGACAGAGAAGAAGCUUUACGCCUAUUUAUAGAGAUGAAGAGGGAUGGGGGAAGGUUGAACAGAUCAACGUUUACCUGUGUUUUGAGCACAUGUGCUGAUAUUGCUGCUUUGGAGUUGGGGAUGCAAACCCAUGGGCAGCUUGUUAAGGCAGGUUAUGAGAGUGGGUGCUUUGUGGGCAAUGCACUUCUUGCCAUGUAUUGUAGAUGUGGAUGCAUAGAUGAAGCAUACAAUGUAUUUGAAGACAUUUCAGACAAGGACGUCGUCUCGUGGAACACAAUGAUUGCUGGUUACGCAAGGCAUGGAUUCGGUAAAGAGGCUCUUCAAGUUUUUGAGUCAAUGAAGUCGGCGGGUAUCAAACCUGAUGAUGUCACGAUGGUUGGUGUGUUAUCCGCAUGUAGUCAUACCGGCUUAGUGGACAGAGGCACAGAAUACUUUCACUCAAUGAAUCAGAAUUAUGGCAUAACUGCAAACUCAAAGCACUAUACUUGCAUGAUAGAUCUACUUGGUCGAGCUGGGCGCCUAAACGAUGCCCAAAACCUAAUGAAUAGCAUGCCAUUUGAACCGGAUGCUGCAACAUGGGGUGCUCUACUUGGUGCAAGCAGGAUUCAUGACAAUACUGAAUUAGCUGAAAAGGCUGCAGAGAUGAUUUUCGAGAUGGAACCUGAAAAUGCUGGAAUGUAUGUACUUCUCUCAAACUUAUAUGCAGCUUCCGGUAGAUGGAGUGAUGUUAGUAGGAUGAGAUUGAAAAUGAGGGCUACGGGCGUAAGAAAAGUCCCUGGGUAUAGUUGGGUUGAAGUGCAAAACAAAAUUCACACAUUUUCUGUUGGGGAUUGUACUCACCAGGACACAGGUAGAAUAUAUGCCUUCUUAGAAGAAUUGGAUUUGCGGAUGAAGCGGGUUGGUUAUGUUUGUCAAACAAAAUUGGUUUUGCAUGAUGUGGAUGAGGAGGAAAAAGAGCAUAUGCUCAAGUAUCACAGCGAAAAAUUAGCCGUUGCUUUUGGGAUCUUGAAUAUUCCAGCUGGCCGACCAAUCCGUGUGAUGAAAAACUUGCGUGUGUGUGCUGACUGCCAUACUGCAAUCAAACAUAUAUCCAAUAUUGUGAAAAGGGUGAUAAUCCUAAGAGAUUCGAAUCGCUUUCACCACUUUAAUGGUGGAGUGUGUUCUUGUGGGGAUUAUUGGUGAUAGCAAAUGGAUUUAAGGAGAAGAACUAAGAUCUUUCUAGAAGUGGUUCACUCGUAAACUUCAUACUUGUGCGGUGUUUUGGGUUGAUAUCUUUUUUCCACUCCAACUCCAUAUUUGGAUCCUCAACAAAGGCUUCCUGGGGGAAGUGUAGUACAAAGAGCUACUAAAAAACUAGCAAUCAUCAGAGUUUAACUGGCAUUGGCUGAGGGGUUAUGCAUACAAGUGAGAUUGCUCUUUCACUAGUUAUUUAACCUGUGUUUGGGGACGAUUUGCUAAAGUUCAUAAUUCACCUGGAGGAACUUUGAGUGAAUUGGACUUUGAGUGAAUUGGUCGUGAAAAGGAGAAAGGACGAAAAAGGUCUACUGAUUAAGAAACAGGUAGGGAGGUCUGGAAAUCUGUUCUUUUCGCCUGCUGUAUGAUCACCAUACAAGAAAAGACAAACCUCUCUUUGAGUUUGGUAUCCAUGCUCUGAUUCAAUGUUUUAUGCGUUUUGCUCUAAUGAGUUGAAGUGACAUUGGUGAGUAGAACACAUGAAAGGGAGACCCUCUCUAAAUCCCGUUCCGAACAAGUGUUCAUGCCAAACUCAUCCUACUGAAAGAAGUAUUUCGAACCUUAUUUCCAUCAAAAAUUAGCUGUGGUUCGAUAUAGAUACAAGCACAAAAGCCAGUCUUCUAUCCAUCAGUGAAAGUCAAUUCUUCUGUUAUUAUUGUAUAAUUUGUAUCUAACCCCUUUCUUGCCAAAAGUAUCGGUAUCCGGCCAACGGAGGAGGAAUUUGAGGUAGGAACCAAUUUGAAGUCUGAUUAAAGCUUGGUUUUGGCAGAAUGAUAACAGGAAACAAAGAUUUGAGCUUUGGUAUGAUGUGGAUUAUGGUUGGGACCACUUCGCAGAAGAAAUUCUGUGCUCCUUUGAGAGCUGCAGUUGGAAGCACUAUCAACUAUUCCGGUGGCAUUGGGCCUCCGCUAGUGGAGGAUUUCAUGGUCUACGGGUAUUACUAGUUGAGGUGCGCGUAAGCUAGCCCGGGUAUCUUGAGUUUCAAAAAUAGAAAAAAGAGAACUCUACUGUGAGCAAGAGUCCUGGCUCUUGCAUUCUUAUUUUGUCAUGUAGGAUUUGAUUUGGAAGACAUUGCUUACUGUAUUUCAUUGUAAGUUAUCCAAAAUUGUUGCUUUCAAAA